AUGCUGUGGUAUCACCAGCUCCUGGGACAGACCUUCACCCUGAUCGUAACUUCUGACCAGGGCUCCGGCAUCACCGACGAGCAAGGCUUCAUGGAGGGCAAGUUCCCCAUCAGCCACCCAGACCUCACAUUUUCAACUCUGAUGGUGACCAGUGCACAGGCCAAGGACAGCAGCCUCUACUCCUGCAGUGCCAGUGACACAGCGCCACACAGAGAUCAGGGACUUGAGCAAGAACCUCUGCCUGGCUGCCGCCUUCUACUCCCCAUGGGUCUGUGGGCCCUGUGGAAGUGGGCGUUAGCUGUGAAGAAUGUGAAAGGUCACCGUGUCACAAGGAGGUUGCUGAUGGGGAUGAGCAGCCUUAGAGAAAAGGCCGCUAACCCUGCCUUCCCUGACCAGCAUGGCCCCACACUUCUCUGCCUGGCAGUCCUGUGUUUCCUGGGAGCAGGUCCCGUGGACCCUGAAGUCAUCCAGUCCCCUAGACACUUCAUCACAAGAAAGGGAGGACAAGCCAUUCUACAAUGUCAUCCUGCCUCUGGACACACAAACGUGUACUGGUACCAGCAGACCCAGGGCCAGGGCCCACAGUUCCUCUUUCGGUAUUACAACGGGAAACAGCAAGAGAAAGGUGACAUCCCGGACCGGUUCUCAGGCCAACAAUUCUCUGAAGACCACUCUGAGCUGAACCUGAGUGCCCUGGAGCUGGGGGACUCGGCUGUGUUCCUCUGUGCCAGCAGCUUGGCACAGCCUUGCAGAGCCACUUCACACCUGUAUCCAAACCUCCUGACCCUGCUGCGGAUGUGAGGAAGGGCGAGCAGGGCAGCCCCAACCCAGCCCCUACAGUUGUGUGGUCCUUCUCCUAUUCUCCCUGC